AUGAAGGAUGCGAUGCAGUAUGUGCUCAGCACUCACGCCCAAACUGGUAUCAAGGAACUAGGUUUGGUGCCCCUCGAUCCGCUGCAUAUCAAGAAAUUACAAAUGGGUCGUAAUCCUACUAGUUCGGUCAGUGUGGAUUUGGUGUUCAGCGAGGUGGACUUGUUGGGAUUGCAGCAUGCUAAGAUGAAGCAUUUGAAGGGCUUCACCCGAGAUCUAAGCAAGCCCAUUGAAUUUGAUUUGGUUGUACCCAAAAUUGUGCUCAAAGGUCCCUACUCAGUCGAUGGCAGAGUCCUGAUUCUGCCUAUUACUGGCAAAGGGGAUGCCGAAAUACUUCUGGAAAAAUCACACUUCCGCUCCAUACUUAAGUUGAAAGCGCUGCCGAAGGGUGAGGGUCAAACAUUCGCAGAGGUCGUCAGCAUACAGCUGAUUAUGGAGCCGGGUCAUGUCACCUAUAAGCUGGGCGGUCUCUUUAAUGGCCAGAAGGAGCUGAGCGAUAACUUGCACGUGCUCAUCAAUGAGAAUUGGCAGGAAAUCUUCAACGAGAUCAAAGCUGCCGGGAUUAGACAAUGCACGAUUAACGACGAAGCGUGUAUAAAGGAUGGAGUGCAGUAUGUGCUCAGCACACAUGCUAAAAACGGCAUCAAGGAACUGGGCUUGGUGCCCCUCGAUCCGCUGCAUAUCAAGAAACUGCAAAUGGGUCGUAAUCCUACUAGUUCGGUCAGUGUGGAUUUGGUGUUUAGCGAGGUGGACUUGUUGGGAUUGCAGAAUGCGCAAGUGAAGCGUGUGAGCGGCUACACUCGAGAUCUAAGCAAGCCCAUUGAAUUUGAUAUGUUUGUUCCCAAAAUGGUGCUGAAAGGGCCCUAUUCUGUCGAUGGUAGAGUGCUGAUUCUGCCUGUUACGGGCAAGGGAGAUGCUCAAAUUGUUUUGGAACAAUCACACUUUCGCGCCAAACUCAAGUUGAGGGCUGUGACGAAGGGCGAUGGUCAAACAUACCUGGAGGUUGCCAAUAUUCAUCUGAAUAUGGAGCCGAGACAUGUUACCUAUAAGAUGAGCGGCCUGUUUAAUGGCCAGAAGGAGUUGAGCGAUAACCUGCACCUACUUAUCAACGAGAACUGGUUGGACAUAUUCAACGAAGUCAAAGCUGAUAUGAGCGAGGCUGUUGGCCUUAUUUUCAAAGCAGUACUAAACCGAACUUAUGGCAAGAUUCCAAUGCAGUAUCUAUUCGCUGACUUAUAA